AAAACUGUUGAACGUUCAAACUUGGCAAUACCGUGCGACAGUUGACGUUCGCCAUUGAACUAAAAACCAACCUUUCUACCGUGUCAAAUAGGAGACAAAAUUCCGUAAUAGCUGAAAAAGAAAUUUCUUUAUUGAGAGCCAUGACGGACAAAGCAAUUGAACAACAUAUCAUUAAGAUGGUUGUGUUGGGAGGCCGAUUCCAACUGGGUGAUUUGUACGACUACCGCAACGACAGCAUUCUAGCAGAUGGCCGGACGUGUUGGGAAUCGGGUGAAGUAUCAUCGGCCACUCAAGUAGACGAUAAAUUCAAACUGAAAUUUAAGCUCCCAGACUCCGAUUCUAAUAGCAGCAAGUGGGAAAACAUGGGUCUGGAUGAGCAUUUGAAAGCAACCGUCCUUGCCGGCCUCAUCAAGAAGUAUCGUGACGCGUGUAACUACCUCAACGACAAACCGAAUCCAUCGCAGGCAACUCGAAUCCUAUUUCUUCGUGUAAAGUCAAGAAAAGAACAUUUGGAUCUACAAAUUUUAAUCAAUGAAGACGUUCCACUUUGUCUUGCCUCAGGAGAAGAAACGAAGAAGCAGAAAUCGGGACCAGCAGUUCCAACUCACGUCGUCGUUGGAGUCACUUACGGAGCGGAAGCUUAUUGCGUCCUGACUCAGGAUGUCGGAGAAGAAGCGGAUGAAGAUGCUCAAGAAGAAGCCGAAGAGAAAUUGGCCGAAAUAGCGCAGAAAAUGGAAGAAGCCGAAGAGAAAUUGUCAGAAAUAGCGCAGAAAAUGGAAGAAGCACUCAACGACAAACAAGAAUUAAACGAGUUCAAGAAGCAAUUUGACGAUAAAAAACAGCUGACUCGUGUGAAAUGUCGUUUGUAUGCCGAUCUCCAAUCUUCGGCUUUUCGCAAAUGCAGCGUCUUUGACGCCUACAAGAAUUGCCUGAAACUGAUCGAACAAGUCCAGAAAAGGAAAGCGGUUCCCAUUGCUGUUCUCCUCUGCCCGCUGAAAUGUCUUAUGGGGAAAAUUAAAGGCGGGUACCAAGACGUCGACAACGACCUAAUAGCUCGAUGCGGGCGGAUCUGGGAUGAGCUGGAGCGAGUCGGUGCAAAAUUAGAUAGCAUCCGCACGUCCAUCAAAAAAGAAUUUCGCUCCUCUCUGCACCAAUUUGAAGACGCUCUAGGCAAAUACAAAGAACUCUUGAAGAAAAGCUGGAAAAAUGGUGUCGUGAAAGCGCGUGAAAAUGGCGACGAGAAUGAAAUCGAAAAAGCCGCCAAUAUCGCGGAAACGCAUCCGCUUUUCAAGCCGACUCGACUGGAGCGAUGGCUGCGAUAUAAACAGGCAGAGUCAGAGAUGGCCGGCAAAAUGAAAGGCGUUUCCGACAUCACUUUCUUCGCCAAUCGAAAAUCGCUCGAAAAAGAACUGGCCGAGUCGUUUGACAAGAGACACGCCCUGGUGUUGAGCGUUCCGCCGCUGGAUGAGAAAACGAACAAGAUUCUCGCCGAUAUGAAAGACUACGUGGAUAACUACACGAAAUUGACAUCAGUAGACGACGACGACGACAACACGGACGAAGAUGACGAAGACGACGACAAAAUUCCCUGGCACAUGAUCCAGCGGAAGCAGAAGCCAGUACUGAAGAAAAUUCGUGAAUUGGCCGAUCACGUCAAUAAGAAUAAACACCUAAUUGAUCAAGUCCCUUUUUGUAUUACUUAUGGCAGUGGAAAUGGGUGUCGAUAUUCGGUUUACGAAGAUGGCAAUGUGCUAAAGGAUAAUCUGGGUCGAUUACCCGGACCUCCCACGGAUCUGCGGAUCGCUGACGUUCAAGAGAAUCGCAAAAGCAAGAAAUUUAACGUUCGUCUAGAGUGGAACUAUGAAGAUCCUGGGUUCCCUUAUUCUUUUAUGGUCGAGUAUCAAUAUGAUGACAGUUUUAUCGAAUCAUGGACCCAGAAGAAAACGGCGAAACUGGGAGAAAAUCAUCUAAUACUCAACUUAACCAAACAAAAUGGAUCGACCAUCAAAUUUCGGGUGGCGGCCGAUACCUGCAUCGGUCGCAGCGAAUUCAGCGAAAUCAUGAACGACGAAAUGGCGUCCGCUGACGAAGAUGACGCAACAAACACGGACAGGGAAUCGACUUGUUCGGCAAAAGAAAUUCCAGCCACACGGAAAUCCUUCCAAUCAAACAACCAUCAAAUGACAACUGUUCAACCGCCAUUACAGCCGACCGGGAUGGCUAAGAAAGAGAACAAGAAAUCUGAUUUACAACCUCCAACUGACGUCGAGGUUGAAUUGGUUACGCAAAGCAGAGCAGAAAUUGGAUGGAAGAAUUCCAGCGUUGGAAGUCCAUGGUACUCUUAUCGCAUUCGGUAUUGGCAGAAUGGGCAGGAUGCGUCAUCCGCCCAUGAAUUGGACAUUCCUUCCUACAAAUCAAGCUGUCGACUGGAGCAACUCGAACCCGAAACGACUUAUUUUGUUAACAUUGUGGUUGUCUCUGAUGAUUUACAGGAGAUCAGUGCGCCCAGCGAUGAAGUGAGCCUGACGACGCUGGCCAAAGAAGUCCGUUUCGCCGAAACGAUUGUGAAGCACUGCAAAAGCAUCGGCAACCGAAACGGCAUGGACCUUUUUGCUAUCCCGCUUAUAAAAGUAACCGGAUCGCUUUCAACGGCCGAACGUUUCGCUUUUGGAAAAGCCGAUGGGAGGCAAGGUGGAGCCGGUCAGCAGAAAGGAAGGAUUCAGCAUCGAACAAUUUUGGUGAUGGGCGCAACCGGUUCUGGCAAAACGACACUAAUCAAUGGAAUGAUAAACUACAUUUUCAACGUUCAAUGGGAGGAUACCUUCCGCUUCCAGCUGAUUGAAGAGCAGACGGCCGGCCGCUCCCAAGUUGACAGCCAGACCAGCCGCAUCACGGCCUACGACAUCCAUCACGCGGAAGGAUUCAACGUUCCGUAUUCGCUGACUAUUGUCGACACGCCUGGAUACGGCGACACCAAAGGUCUCGACAGGGACCAAGAAAUCACCGAAAUGGUCCGCAAGUUUUUCGAAGACAAGGACGGAAUCCAGGAGCUGGAUGUGAUUGGCUUCGUGGCUCAAGCUUCCCUGCCUCGUUUGACGCCCACUCAAAUCUAUAUAUUUGAUUCGGUGCUUUCCAUCUUUGGCAACGACGUCAAAGAGAACAUUAACUUUUUAUUGACGUUCGCAGACAGCCAAGUUCCGCCCGUCCUGAGCGCCAUUGCUGAAGCGAACUUACCGUAUCCAACGGGCCCCGACACUGGCGAGCCCCUUCAUAACAAGUUUAACAAUUCCGGUUUCUUUUGUUCCAGCCGCGAGCCAGGAAACACAGUCGACAAGUUCAACCGAUUCUUCUGGCGAAUGGGAAUGGAAAAUUUCCAAAAGUUUUUCUCCGUUCUAACCACUAUGAAGACAAAGUCCCUGUCGUUAACCAAGCAAGUGUUGGAAGAGAGGAAACGGCUGGAAGCGACCGUGGAUGGGCUUCAGCCGCUCAUAAAAAUUGAUUUGUCCAAGAUGGAAGAAAUGCGGAAGACGAAGCAAAUGAUCACAAACAGCCAAGCGCAGAUUGAAGCCAAUGAAAAUGUCAAGUUUGAAGUGGAAGUGACGGUGCCGCAAAAGGUUGAGAUUCCAGCCGGUCAAUAUUUAACCAAUUGCAACAAGUGUUACAUCACAUGUCAUAACCCGUGUGCGUACAAGAACGACGACGACAAGGUUAAAUGCUGGGCAAUGGAUUCUGCCAUGCCAGAAGCAACCCGUUCCUGUCGCAUUUGCCCGGAGAAGUGCAUCUGGAACAUGCACGCCAACCAGCCAUACAGUUGGGAAUACGUCAAACAGAAACAAGCCACUUCAUCCGAUGCUAUCAAACAGAAAUACGAGACGGAACUGAAGAGGAAAUUAACUGCCGAGGAUCUAAUCAAAGCGCUGCAAAAAGAUAUUGACCAAAACGCGAAGGAAGUAUUGGAUCGUGUGAAUACGGUUUCAAGCUGCAUCCAGCGGCUGGAUGAGAUCGCCCUGCGUCCUAAUCCGUUCUCUACGCCGCAGUACAUAGAUUUGAUCAUCGACGCCGAGCAACAUGAGAAACGUCUCGGCUUCAAGGAGCGGAUCGAAAGUUUGAAGAAGCUUCGUCAUAUGGCCGUGAUCACCAGCAGGGUCCGGAACAACGAAUCCCUUUUGACCAGGAACCGACAUGACGACUUUGCCGAUUAAGAGGUCGGUUACGACGACGAUGAUGACAAUUAUAGUAACGCCCGAAUGGAUAAUGAUGAUGACGACAAUUACGACAGUGCCUGGUUGACUAAAUAGCGCAGCAACAGAUCGUCACAAGUACCAGACUUCAUUCAUCCGCAAAUGAAAUGACGUUAUACUAAUUACAUUAAUAAUAAUCAAUCAGUAGCAUCGAAUGUCGAUUUACCAAAUCUAUAUUCGAAAUUAGUUUGUUUUGUUUUUAUUUUACAAAUGGGAAUUUUUAUUUGAAAGUAUAUUAGUAUUGCUAUGUUGGAAAAUCUAAUACAGCACUGAAUGACUAUAUGUGAGUAAAGAGCCUUAGUAAACCAUCAAAAGAUCAAAUUAUUUCGUUGUCCGAUAGUAGCCCUAAGUAGGCUAGAUAUUUGAACCUACCGGCGGAUAAUCGAUGCUCCGCAAGCGAUAAUAACAUUCUAUCACGUGGAUAUCAUUGCGAACCGAGAAUCCGGCAAUCCGGCCAUUUUAUAAGAUAACUAACUUUGUUUUGUUCCAGCACGUGCACAAACCCUGCCCACCUGUACAUAGACUUAGUAACUCUAAACAAGAAUAAAUGUGUCAGCUCUUUGCUAGUUGUUAAAUGCAUCAGUGGUUUUAAACCACAUCUGUCCUGUCAACAGCCUAGCGAAACGCGAACGCGCAAAUGACUUAGCUAUACUGGUAUUUUUUUUUUACGCUCCGCGGACGCUCCGUCGUCCAGCAUGCACGAAGUUCAGCAUAUUUUCGUUCGAUUCAAAUUGCACGGGAGAAAUCAGGAGCAAUAGUUGUUUCGUCCAUUACCAUGACAUAAUUAAUUUACAAAAACUGAAACAAUCGCGAAUGAAAAAAUUGACGCAAAAAUUUCAAACAGUAAAACAAACAUCCAGCAUCAAUCGCAUAGCUCAGAUUGUAAGUAGUUCUGCAUUUAACCAGGCAACUGGGCAAAGCUCAUUUGCCGUGGACUUUAAUCAAAUCAAGAAAAAUUAUACGCAGAUAGGCCAACUGUUUGUCAAAGUUUGUGGUAGAGGAUUAAUAUUUAUAAUAAUCUCUGUAAAACUGAGUUUUUCAAGUCUGUUUUUAGCCAAGCAAAUGCAAAUAUUUUUUGGAAUUGAUGGUGACGCAUUCUGUGCCCGAUAGCGUGAUGUUGACUUCAUUUGCACAACCGAUGUCCUUGUCCUGCGGUGGUGUCACCUAUUUAUAGUCCAUUUCGAGAUAUGCUCGUGAUUCGUUUCAAGUGACAAAUAAUUUGUUAUUCUAAAACUUGUUUUUUAUAUAAAUGUCUUAUGAAAUAGAUUACCCU